CAAAGUUGACAAGCCAGAUCAGAAAUGUCAACGUGACAACUGUCGAGAACAAAAUUACAGAUUCUAAGCUGUUUUCUAAGAGUUUAUAGAGAAGUUAAAUCGUCCAUGAAUCUAGAUCUCUAGUCAUAGUUUUAAUAAUCAAAACCAUUAUCAACUCUUACACAUUAAACUUUCAGUAACGAAAUGAAACUGUUUACACGGUUUCUGUUUAUUUUAACAUGGACAAUAUUAUGCGUCUCUGUUGUUGAAGUUUUAUGUGAAAAUCAAAAAGAUAUUGUAAAAGAUGUAAUCAAAGGAAUAAACAAAGAUAAAUCUGAUGAGCAUGAAAAAGAAAGCUCUGAUGAAGGAUCCAUGUUCCAUGCUUUGCGGAAAAAGAGUGGAAACUUGGGAUUUCUCCAUGCCUUUUUGGCUUCGCUAUCUGUGAUAAUUGUAUCAGAAAUUGGUGAUAAGACGUUUUUCAUAGCAGCUAUUAUGGCAAUGAGACAUUCCAGAACAGUUGUGUUUGCUGGCGCUAUAGCCUCAUUGUGGCUAAUGACCAUUUUAUCAGCUAUAAUGGGAUAUGCCACGACUAUUAUUCCACGAUGGUUUACAUAUUAUGCAUCAUCAGCAUUAUUUGCAGUGUUUGGUAUCAAGAUGAUUAAGGAAGGUUAUGAGAUGUCCCCUGAUGAAGGUCAAGAAGAAAUGGAAGAAGUGCAGGCAGACAUUAAAAAGCAAGAAGAGGAGUAUGAAAAAGAUCGUCUAGGAACACAAGAUAUAGAGACUGGAGUAAUACGGACACCUGGUCGCAAAUGGUUCCAUGCAUUAGUUGGAACUGUAUUUUUACAAUCAUUUACAUUAAACUUUUUAGCGGAAUGGGGUGAUAGAUCUCAAAUAGCAACAAUAGUCUUAGCUGCUCGAGAGAAUAUAGCUGGUGUUAUAAUAGGAGGGUGUAUAGGCCAUUUUAUUUGUACUGCAAUAGCUGUUUUAGGAGGAAGAAUGGUAGCUCAAAAAAUAUCUGUAAGAACAGUGACUCUGAUUGGUGGAGUAGUAUUUUUAAUAUUUGCUUUGUCAGCAUUUUUUGUGAUGCCAGAAUAAGAAGAGAUAACUAAGUAGAGAGAUUAUUAUUUAUAUUUGUGAUAUUAAUAAUAAAACAUGUUAUUAUAUUUGUGCUUUACAUCUAAAUCAUGAUGUAUGUGUGUUAAGAAUGUUAACUUUAUAAGUUUUACCUUAGGUAAUACUCACAGCAUGAGUGACACCAUAAAUAUAGUUAUCGUAAAUUGCAUAUUACAUUUUACCUUUUUGGUAAAUUCAUUUUACCUUGUGUGCUAGAGUUUGCUUUUCUCAUCAAUUGAACACUUUAGUGUAUUAAAUUGUUCAGUAUCGUAUACUUUUUAAAAAUUCUGUAAUCAGUCAACCAACAUGGUAACUGUGAAGAAAUCAUGUGGAGUAAAACACCAUUUUAUCAUUUUCUCUGCAGUUUUACAACCUGUGAAGACAAAAUUUCGAGGAGUUUAUAUAUUAUUAGUCACCCUGAAGAUAUCAAUAGAAUGACCCUACCAAAUGAAAAUAAAUUGAAUAAAAUCUUGUAAAAUAACUGUUUAGGCCUGUAAUAACUCGUUUUUGACAAGAAGACAAGAAAUGUGCUUUCUUUAUGAAAUGCUCUACCUUGACCUUUGACAGAUUCUACCUCAUGACAACUUUUACUGAAGACCUACUUAUGUUGGAUUAGAUCAUUUUCUAGCAGUCAUGUUGUGUUCAACUAGGCACAACCUUUUGUUGAGUAAAACAAAUGUUCUUAUCAACUAGGUACAACGUUUUAUUGAGUAAAACAAAUGUUCUUAUCAACAAGGAAAACCUUUUAUUGAGUAAAACAAAUGUUCUUAUCAAAAAGGUACAACCUUUUAUUGAGUAAAACAAAUGUUCUUCCUGCCAUCAUAUCUGGAAACACUUUCCAAAUAUUAAUUGCAGUUAACGAUCAUGAAAUGCAGUAAGUCAUAUUGUCCUUAAACACAUACCUGCCUUGAAGUCAAUGGGGAAUAAUCAGCCAUGAACAUUAAUGUACAUAUUCAUAGGAAUUUGGUAUAUUACAAUCUGAGACAGUGUUCUGAUUGUGUUCUAUUUUGCUAUUUGUGUUAUAUAAAAAGUCUACGUGUAUAUGUUUUUUGUUCAUGUAUUGAAACUGUUAAAACUGUUGCUUAAAUUCAGUAGAUAUGUUUUUAAUUGUAUUAUAACUUGUACUAGAUUUUGUUUUACAAUUUUAUUUUCCUCAGAAUAUAUAUUUAUGAAAAAUUUGUCUACAUUUCACAUAUUGUCUUCUUAAAUACUGUACAUUGAAAAAAAAAUUGUAAGGUUUUUAUUAUUCUUAAACUGUAAUGGGAUUGGGUAAUGCAUUAAUUAGAAAUGAUUGUUCUAUUCAUACAGAGCAUUCAUUUCCUAAGAUGUCAUUUUGCCUGAUAAUAAAAAAAUCACAAUAAUGAAUAAACUCAAUGAUAUCAUUUGUAAGAAUGGGUACAUUUGUAAUGCCUCUUGGAAAAUAAGGCUGAACCAAAUAUUUUUUUGUGUUUUCUCACACUUAAUUGAUUACAUAGAUAUUUUAAUUGAAAGAUUUUUUUCUGGAUUUCAUACUGGAAAACUAUAUAUUUAAUUUGUUUUCAGUUAUGAUAAAAAAUCUUCUUUCUCAUUUAAAAUUAAAUAACACAUAAAAUAUUAUAUUUUGACACAAAAAGAUAUAUUUUUACUUUUAAAUUUUAUCAUUUUAUAGCCAUUCAUCACAAAACAGAUUUAAUUCUAAAGUUAUUUACACCAUUUUUGUCUUUCAAAAGAUUUAAUUAUUUGGUGUGGCCUAACAUUGGGAUGUUAUACCAUUGAAACAAGUUAUUUAUUUAUUUAUAACAAUAAUAUCAGCAUUAACUUAUAUCAGUUUAUUUCACGUUGUGUUUUGUUCAUGGUCUUGGCCUUAGAAGGACAGUUAAAUCUUUUAUGAGUUCAUUUUUCACAUUUUACAGCCUUAUGCGAUGUAUUUAAAUUGACAGUGAAGGUAUAAAACCACUAAUUCAUAGCCCCAUUGCUUUCUAUGUUAAAUUCUGCAAUUUCAAGCAUUAAUGGCUACUUUAUCUUAGGUUCAAAUAAAGUGGCAGUUAUUUCAUGUCAAAACUGUACCUUAUCCUGACUUGUGCUGAAAAAAUCAACAUAUCUUUAAUUGCAUAUUAGAGCGUACUGGUUCCCGGAAGUUUGAUAGUACAAAAACAGGAACUUCUGAUCUGAACAACAGGCCAAAUGAGCCCUCCUAUUAAAAUUUCAUAUACUUCUUUAUUAUUCAAGUAAACUUUAAACAAGGGUUCUAAAGUGAUCCCAAGUCCCCAAGCUUCCAUUUGAUACUAAAACAACCAAAAUAUUCCCACUAUUGACAAAGAUACAGCUAUGCGUAGGAACUAUUUUGUUUAAAAUAUGUACUACUUUCUUGUAUGUUCUUUCCGACCGGGCCUGAAUUAGUGGUUCUAUACCUGAAAUGUUGGCUUUGGAUAAAUUUUGUAAUAAGACACUUUCCAUGAAAAUAAUACACAUGCAGAUAUUUCCACAUAUACAUGAUCUAUUCAUUAAUAUACUACCUUUAACUAACAGUAUACUUUCUUGAAAAAUAUGAUUCAGGUUGUAUAGAAACAAAUUUUUAUUCAUAAGAAUUAGUUGUAUUCAUAAGACAUUUCCACCAUCCAAAAUUUAUAAGUCAUAUCAAUCAAUUAUUUUUGUAUAAUGGAGUGAACAUGAUUUUCUUACUGUAUUCUGUAGUGAGGUAAACAAGGAAGACAACCCUGUAAAUUCACAAAAAAUAUAAAGAAUAGGAUACAAUUGUUUAUCUCAUUUUUUUGGUUCAGACUCUUUUAAUAGACUUUAAGAAAAUGUUAAAUUAGUUUAGGUCUAAUGAUACAGUUUGACUUUAACCUGGUGUAAGUGACAUUAUAUGAAAGUAAUGCUAAAAUUUAGAAAAAAUAUAAAAAGAUAGCAACAACAGUACGGCUAUUUUGCAAAUUAAACAUAAAGACAAAACUUUUUUUUCUAUAUGUCUGUGUGAGGGUUUACAUUUUGUUUCAUUUCAUAACAUGUUUAAUUUUGUUAAAAGAAUGAAGAUUUUGUGUAAUUUUCACCAUUUUACUGAAUAUAAUGUUUUAACUGGAUGUAUAACUCAUGAAAAUUAGUUUUAUUUAUAUAAUGUUGUAAUUACAGACAUUUUGAAAUGGACAUGCCCUUAGCCAUAAUUUGAUCCUUAAUUGUAACUUUUCCUCUAAUUGAAAUGUUAGUUUUAUCUCAAGUUUUAAUAUUUUUUUUAUUAACAUUGGAUUACAAUUCACUAAUAAUUUCUUAUUUGUAACUAUCAUCAUUACCAACAACCCUACAUCACAAAGUAGCCAAAAUAGACAUCACUGUUUUAUUUAUAUACCAUAUAAUAAUAUAGAUUACUUUGCAUUAUACAUUCCAGUGUGUCAAUUUAUUACCUUAGUGUUUAAUAAUAAGUAUAGCAGUGUGUUUAACAUGUGCCCUUUUCCACACAUACUUGUAAAUUUCCAUAAUCAAUUGAUUUUAACUAAAACUUUCAUUGUGCAUUAUUACUUAUUUUCUGCAGUUGGAUUUCACGCUUGGAGUAAAUUUAUCUUAAAUUUGAAUUUGAAAGGAAAAGUUUGUUUAUUUAAUAUACAUUUGUAAAAUGAAUGUCUGGCCUCUCUCUCAGACUUAAAUGUAAAUCUAUCUUCCCCAAUACAUUUUGAGCUUCCAUAACUUUUUAUAUUGUCUAGAAAAGUAUAAAAAUGUUAUUACUGGAUGUCAAAAAUACAUCAAAUUGAAUAAAUUUUUCAGUAUAUAUAAAUUCAGGAUUUAUGUGAUGAUGAUAUUAUUAUUUAACUCUACCCUGGGACAACUACACACCAUUGUGUAUAAAUGUUGUACUGAUGUAUAGAAAUACCCUGGUGUGUUAUGUUGCUCUUAGGUAAAGAUAUACCCUGGUCUAUCUCCUGGUCUCUAGGCUAGUCAAAUAUAAUUGUCUAUUUAAUUUCCCUGAAUAUGAUAUGUAACUUAUGUAAGUUCAGUGUUUGAGCUGGACUCAGUUUUUUCAUCUUGUGAAAGCUUAUGAAGCAUUCAUGUAUUGUAUGUACAAUGUAUAUAGAUAUAUAUAUUAAAGGAUUGACAAUUCUAGACAUAGGAUAAAAUAUAAAGAAGGUAAUAUUUUGAGUACUUUUAUAUGUGUUUGUGGGUGUAAGUGGACAGGUGUUUUACCUCUGUCAGUGUGAACAAAAUUCUAAUGCAACACUAAUUGUAACAUUCAUUUUGAUUGCAUAAUACCACAAUUUCAUGACAUCAAUUUCAUGAUUGAUAGUCUGAAAUUGUAAAUGCUAGCAAAGAGGUCAUAUUAUGAUUUAAAAAAGGUACGAGUUAACUGUGUCUUCUUUCAGUUGCAUUAGAAUUUAGAUAGCAGUUUUGAGUUUGAAGAUUUGCUGACAUCAAUUUUUCAUUUGAUGACUGCAAAUUUCAUGUACACUAUUCUUAUCUCCUAAAUAGGAUGCAAGUUAUUAGGGUUCUCUGGAAACUGUUGUGUUAAGAUUUUUUUUUCAAAUUGCAUUGUGGAAAAAAAUGGAUGCAGAUGUUUCAAUGGAAGAAGUGUAAAAGUGGACAGUAAAGAUUUCAAAAAUAAAAGUUUUUGGGAUGAAUGAC